AUGUUGAGAGACAACGCGAAUGCGCAGAUGGCGUGCGCCUUACUGCUGUUGAUCGGAGCGGUGGUCGUGGACAACGUCGGGGCGUCCACCAAGUACACGCUGCUCGGCAAGAACAAAAUCGAAGUGACAGAGUCGAUGGUGACGUGCAAAAACGGCAAAUCCGUGUCGGUGACCACCGGUGUGAAGGGUGAGCUGUACGCGCUGUCGACGACCAGGACGAGUUUCUCGGGUGACAAGUGGAAGAGGCGGAUGGCCGAGCUGGACAGGGAGUCGGACGACGAACAGGGGCACGUGGUGGCUUCCGUUUUCGGCGGGCCCGUCGAGACGUGGAACCUGGUGCCGCAGCACCGGAGCGUCAACAGGAAGAUCAACGCACAGAGCAGCCUGCUGAACCGCUGGGACGAGUUCGAGAAGUGGACGCGCGAAGAGCUGGGCAAAAAGAACGGCGCCCCGGUCAAAUUCACCAUCAAGAUAAAGUACGCGACCAAAAACGGAUGCAGGCCAAUCGGUUUCGAGAUCGACGCCACCAGCAAGGCGGGACCCGGGUUCCAGGGGAUAUUCGACAACGGCCCUUACGGGACUUUCGCCGUCUCCAGCAAAAAACCGUCGAAGAAAAAGCCGUGA